GAUGAAGUGGAAAGUUGCAAGGGUCACUUUAAUCCCACUUUUAAGCUUUGUCUUUUUUCCUAAGACACUUGUAGGAGCAACAUUUCUUUCUCUAGAGGCUGAGAAGACAAAACAGUUUUGGAAUGAUCAGGCAAAACAUACUUUGAAUACGGCUCUAAAUCUUGAACCUAUCACUGAACGAGCCAAGAAUCUAAUCCUGUUUAUUGGGGAUGGAAUGGGAGUACCCACAAUAACAGCAGCCCGUAUAUACCAGGGACAACUGAGGGGGGAAAGCGGGGAAGAAAAUAUUUUGGCAAUGGAGUCAUUUCCUUAUGUUGGACUUUCUAAGGUAUAUAAUGUCGAUGCUCAGGUGCCAGACAGUGCAGGUACAGGGACAGCUUAUCUGUGUGGUGUGAAGACCAACAGUGGUCUACUGGGUGUCACUGCAGCCUCAAAAUAUGGAAUUUGCACCUCUGCCAAUGGGAACGAAGUAGAAUCAAUUCUUCACAGAGCAAAAAAAGCAGGUAAAUCUGUGGGUAUAGUGACCACCACUCGUGUACAACAUGCCUCACCUGCAGCUGCCUACGCUCAUGUUGCCAACCGGGAGUGGUACUCUGACAACGAGAUGACUGUCAACAUGGUCAACAGUGGCUGUAAGGACAUAGCAUACCAGCUGGUGCACAAUACAGACAUCAAUGUUAUUCUAGGAGGAGGAAGAGCUUACAUGACCGCAAAGGGGACCCCUGAUCCUGAAUACCCAACUAGCACAUCAAGUCGAGGUUUACGAAAAGAUGGACUGAACUUGACAGAUUUAUGGCUGAGCAAGAGAGAGAAUGCCAGAUACGUGUGGAAUAAAGAACAGUUUGACUUAGUGGAUGAAAGUACCACAGAUUACCUUAUGGGAUUAUUUGAGCCAAAGGACAUGAAUUAUGAGCUGAACCGUAAUCCUUCCUCAGACCCCUCACUCACCGAGAUGACUGAGAAGGCCAUCAAGAUCCUCCGCAAAAAUCCCAAUGGCUUUUUCCUGUUUGUAGAAGGUGGUAGAAUUGACCAUGGCCACCACGAUGGGAAUGCUAAGCAGUCGUUAACCGAGGCUGUUGAAUUGGACAAAGCAAUCCGCAGAACUGGGGAACUUACUGAUGAAAGUGAGACUCUGACUGUGGUGACAGCUGACCACUCACAUGUCUUCAGUUUUGGGGGUUAUACAGACCGUGGCAACAGCAUUCUUGGUGUAGCUCCGUUAAGAGCUAAUGAUGGCAAACCCUAUACCAGUGUGGUCUAUGGCAAUGGUCCCGGGUUCAAGAUUACAAAUGGUGCACGCGAGGACAUCAGUACCGUCGAUAUAGAAGCCGAUGGUUAUCGACAACAAGCAGCCAUUCCUUUGGUUUCCGAGACCCACGGUGGUGAGGAUGUGGCUAUUAUGGCCAAAGGUCCCUUUGCACAUCUUUUCCAUGGUUUUCAUGAGCAGAGUUAUAUUGCCCAUGUCAUGGCCUAUGCAGGUUGUUUAGAACCUUAUGAAGGCUGCAACACAAAACUGAGGUCGAUGUCAGUGAAAUCGAGUUCUGUCAUCUACUUGCCCUCCUUCCUGCCACUGUUUAUUGUAUGGGGCAUGCUGCUAAUCUGGUGGUAAGAACUGCAUUCCACAAUAUUUGGCA